ACAAUAAUACCACAAACGUUAUAUUUUCUUUAUUGAUAGGAUGUGAUUUAGCAAAUGGCUAUACUUUUGCAUUGGAAAAUGCGCUGAGAACGGAAUUAUGGACAACAAACAGUUACCAAAGACUAAGCCGACCAAGCCCUACAGUUACCGUCCAACUGUCAUUUUUUCCUAUAACUUUGAACGACUUGGAAAUUGUGGAACAAGCAAUGUCCAUGGCUGGAUUUUUUAGUAUGAUGUGGAAUGAUUCUCGAUUGGCAUGGGACACCAAUCCUACUUAUGCCUCUUCUAUUCCAACAAUCUUUUCCACUCAGAGUUAUAUGUGGUUUCCAACUCUUGUUUUGGAGAACUCAGUCAGUUCCAUUUCAAUUAUGAUGGAUGAAAAUUCCUUAAACUUGAUUCGGAUUGUAAAUAAUGGUCUGUGCGUAUACAACCCAAUAGACGUGUAUACCACACACUGCGAGUCUGAUACAACAUAUUACCCCUUUGAUACCCAGGAAUGCGACGUGGUCAUUGCAGCUUGGGGAUACUCAGUAAAUGAAAUAGCAUUGGAAUGGUAUGAUGGUGGUCUAGAUAUGACGUUUUACAAUGAAAAUGGAGGAUGGGAAUAUAAGAGCUAUUCCAUCGAAACAGGAGUAAGCGUCCGUGGCGUAUCAUCAUUUCCUACUGCUACAAUAAGGAUGUUCUUCAAACGUAGACCACUUUUUCAGGUAGUAAACACGAUUUUACCGUGUGUACUGAUUGCCUUUCUUAUGGUCUUGACCUUUAAGUUACCACCAGACAGCGGGGAGAGAAUGGGAUUUUCUCUAACGGUUCUGCUAGCCUAUGCUGUUUAUUUAACCAUUGUAUCUGCAAACUUACCCACGACUUCGAUCACUACAUCUGCAUUAUCUAUCUACCUAUUAAUCACGUUGGCUGCUGGAACUUGUUCUGUUGGAUUUUCCAUCAUGGUUCUACGAUGUCACCACAGAAAUGAAGACGAUCCGGUUUCACCGAAGUUUCUGAAAGCAUAUAAUGGAAUUUUAGGAAAAAUUGCUGGAAUUAAAAGUGCGCAUUCAGAGAGUAAAGUUCGAGACCUUACAGUUUCCGUCGUAAACGAAGAGGAGGAUAACAAAAUGAAGUCGAACUUUAAGAACGACAGAGUACGAAUGUCAAAAACACCAGUUACACCCUAUCCUGAACUAAAGACUGAUGAAGUUACCUGGCCUAUGAUAACAAUAUUCCUCGAUGAGUUAUUUUUUCGGAUUUUCCUUAUUUUUACGAUUUUGCAACAACUGGUCUUUAUGGCAGUCUUUAUCAUUGGAUAUUCAAUACAUUAAUUAUUUUUUGAUAAAAGCUUUCGACAUUUGAUUAAUUCACAGACUUUGAUGUUUUGAAUGCCUACAUAAUGCUAUGCUAGUACAUAAUCAUUCAUCAACUUUUUCUUUUCAAUACCAAUUCAAAAGUUUCUACCUGUAGAGAAGGCAUUGAUUUUUUAAAAUCAA